UGCUGGCUCAUUUUUAAGUGAUUGUCUACUUGGACUCCAAGAUCCCUUUCACAGUUAUUGAGGCAGGUUUCACCUAAUCUGUACCUGGUCAUUUGAUUUUUCUUGCUUAAGUGCAAAACCUUACUUUUCUCUCCAUUAAACUUCAUUUUGUUAGAUAGGGCCCAGUGUUCAACUCUUUAGAAAUCCUCCUGGAUCUUCAGUCUAUCUUCUGCAGUGUUGGGUAUUGCUGCAAAUUAACUACUAAUUGGGCAGCUAGGACUAAAUGGACUGUAAUUCAUCCUGAUCCAAAUGCCUGGGAAAACUUCUAAAAGCCUGCAGGAUUGGGGUCAAUUGUAUCUGGACAAAAGAUCACUCGGAAAGGAAAAGGCUACCGCCAAGAAGAUAUCAAAGAAUAUACUGUUUUAUGUAGCAGCUUCCGUUUUUUGUAUGCCUAAGGGAAAAAUGCAAGUGGAUCCAGACAGCGUUAUAAUCGUAAGAGAGAAACUUCAUAUCCCAAAAAUGAGACUUUCCCCAGCCAGUCCCGUCGCUCCUUUUCACAGAAAAGCAAAGCUUUUAACAAGAUGCCCCCUCAGAGGGGGGAGCAGAACAGCGGCAGCAAAUCUUUUAGCCUUUCUUCUAAUGGCGGAAGACGAGAUGAGGUAGCAGAAACUCAGCGGGCAGAGUUCAGCCCUGCCCAAUUCUCUGGCCCCAAGAAGAUUAAUCUGAACCAUUUGCUGAAUUUUACAUUUGAACCUCGUGGCCACACAAGCCAUUUUGAUGGGAGCAGCCAUGGCACUUGGGGGAAAAGAAACAGAUGGGAAAACAAACCUUUCAACAAGGAGCUUUUCCUUCAGGCUAACUGCCAGUUUGUGGUGCGUGAUGAUCAGGACUAUACGGUUCACUUCACUGAUCCAGAUACGUUGGUCAACUGGGAUUUUGUGCAACAAGUGCGGAUUUACAGCCAUGAAGUGCCCUCCUGCCCAAUCUGCUUAUACCCACCCACUGCUGCCAAGAUCACUCACUGCGGGCACAUCUUCUGCUGGGCCUGCAUUCUGCACUAUCUCUCCCUGAGUGAGAAGACCUGGAGUAAGUGCCCCAUCUGCUACGGCUCUAUUCACAAGAAGGACCUCAAAAGUGUUGUGGCUCUAGAAACGCGUCAGUAUGCAAUUGGUGAUACAAUUACAAUGCAGCUCAUGCAGCGGAAGAAAGGAGCCUUGAUGGCACUGCCAAAGGCAGCACUCGCCCAUGUGGAGCAACCGAUUCACCUGGGGGAUAAGCCACACAGCCAGUAUUCAAAGCUGCUUCUGGCCUCUGAGGCUCAGGUCCUCCAGCAAGUAAUCCUGGAGGAAAAGAUGGCCCUUCUGCAUCAGUACGAGGAGGAAAAACAUACACCUGAAGCAUGUUUCAUUGAAGCAGCCCUGCAGGAACUGAAGGAUCGUGAAGGCCACUUGAUGUCUGACGGUGAUGUUCCUGAUGUCACUGCAGCUGUGGAAAAAUUAGUCAUGACAGAAGCUCCUGAGAAAGAAACUGUGGCAGUAUCACAGGAGGAAAAGUGCAUUCUGGAAUAUCUUUCUGCUUUCAAUGAUGAAUUGCUGGGAUCUCCUCCUGUGGAUCCUGCGAGUGGAGAUCCCCCUGCUUUGGAAAGGGCAGAGGCAGCAGCGGAUAAUGGCGUGGAGAGGAACAUGGAUCCGGCAAGCACAAGUGAAGGAGGGAAAGCCAAUUUGAAUGCAUCUGCCUCAGGAAAACUCAAGGCUCCAUUUGCCAGCAGACACACACAGAGUUCUCCUUCCUAUUACUUCUACCAAGCUGAAGACGGGCAGUGUCUGUAUCUGCACCCAGUGAACGUCCGUUGCCUCGUGCAUGAAUAUGGGAGCCUUGAGAAGAGUCCAGAGAGGAUCACGGCUACUGUGGUGGAGAUAUCUGGCCACUCCAUGACAGAGGAUGUGCGUCAGCGUCAUCGUUACCUCUGCCAUUUGCCCCUCACCUGUGAGUUCAGUAUCUGCGAAUUAGCUUUGAAGCCACCUGUCAUUUCAAAGGAAACACUGCAGAUGUUUUCAGAUGACAUUGAGAAGCGAAAGCGGCUCAGACAGAAGAAAGCACGUGAUGAACGGCGCCGGGAACGCAGAAUUGAGAUGGAGGAAAACAAGAAGCAGGGCAAAUAUCCAGAGGUCCGGAUUGCGUUAGAGAACCUGCAGCAGUUUCCGGCCUUCAGCGCUUGCUCAGGAGAACCUGUUGGCCCUGAGAACCAGAGCCACCUGCUACCACCUUGUGUUGGAGGAAGUCCCACUUCUCAGUCAGAGUCCUUGCUGACUCCCCUGUCAUCUUCCAGCCUUGGCAGUCCCCCAUUCCUUAUUGGAAGUCUGGAGGAGGACUCUGCCUUCCCCUCAUUUGCCCAGAUGCUGAGGGCUGGGAAAGCCAAACCAGAAGUAUGGAAUAGUUCUCAGCCAAAAAAGAAAGCCUUUCCAGGAAUCUCAAAGCAGCAUUUUUCAGAAGAGACCCCCACUGUGGCACCUCCGGCUCCAGGAGACAGCGAUGCGGAGAGCGACAACUCGGACCGUGUGCCCGUGCCCAGUUUCCAGAACUCAUUCAGCAAAGCUAUCGAGGCAGCCUUCCUCAAACUGGACAAACCGUCCACUUCUGACCACCUCUUAGAGGAGAAACGAGGCAAGAAAAAGAAGCAGAAGCAGAAGCUGCUCUUCAGUACAUCAGUGGUUCACACCAAGUGAUUUCCUCAAGGGCCAGAUGGCGGCUCCUCCUCCUCCUUUCGAUUUGCUGGGUUUGCUUUUGUGUUUUUGCUGCUAUAAAUUAUUUUAGUUCGAACACAAUCUGUUUCCGGGAAGCGGGGAGGGCUAGGGAUGAUUAAAAAUGGGCAUAUGUUGUUUGUUUGCUUGCUGAUACCAAACCGAAGUAUUGCAACACACAUACACACCCUUGGCCAAAAGGAUGUGUGUUUCACCCGGUUGACUCUCGUUUACCUGGCUUGCCAUUGGGCUGUAGAAGAACAACAUCUGGGUGGAGGGUGCACAGCUGCUUUUGCCAUUUGGGGGACAGGUUGAAGGCGAUCAGCAUGGGGCUGCAGUGAGCUAAGCGCAACCAGGGGGCUGUUGCUCACCCUUUGGACAUAGAGGGAAGAGACCAGCCGUUAAGAGACACUUACCGAUGGCUGUGCCCACUUAAUUGGUGCUUGGAUGAGCAGUAAGUCGUGGUGCAUGUAACUCAGUCCCUCCCUCCUGGUGCUUUCUGCGACACCCAGUGUUUGCAGAGUUUCUGUUGGAAUAAACCUAUCAUGGUCAGUCCGUGUGCAGUGGCUGCUUUUGGGGUGAAGGGAGGAAUGGGGAGCAGCAUUUCCCUUUGCACAGAAGGGGCAGCCCAGAGGAGCCUGGCAUUCAUUGGGUGCCCAGAUUCCCAUUGGGUAGGAGGAUGUGUGUUCUUUUCCCACUUUCGUUUCUUAUGUUUAAGAAAAACUCUCAUUCUGCUUUUUGGCUUGAUCUGAAAUUAAUUAGUACUAAAGUGUCAUUUCCAUUGACUACAAUGAAGUUUGGUGUAAUAUACCAGCAAAGGUAAAUAGUUGCAAUAAACCAUAUGCACAACAACUGGUAUUUCCGCAGGGUUUUUUCCUCCCCCCAAUUCUAUUUUUGAUGGAGUCACUCUCCUUUGGAAUCAGCUUGCUUCAUUAUGAACAGGCCAUUUACCCGUAUCAAAAACAUGUAGCUGAUCUUCCAGAACAGGAAGCUGUGGCUUUGUUACUCCGUUGCAAACCAAACCAGAAAUAACACCUCACGCAGUCACUUAAAAUUAACAAACCAAUGAUCUGUACGAUCGCUUCAUUUUAGGAGAUGCAUGAAAUAGCCUUUCUUAAGUCAUCCCUGAAAGACUGUAUACGUUCCUCCCUGAGGAGAAUAUUCCCUCAGCGUGCGGUGGUCUUGUAGAAACUCCUUGACUUGACCACAAUUUCAGUCACUAAGCAGUAUGUUGUUAAGUGAAUAAUCAGGUGACUGGAUCCAAUUUUAUAGGCAAUUUUACCCUGGUUAUUAAGCUAAAACCCAACUCCCCUCAAUGUGUAUCUUGCUCCCUUCCUUCCUAUCUUUGUCAAUUUUUAAAUCAGUUUUAAUGUUAAUAUUGUUUUAAUGUUUUAUCUUGUUUUUAUUGAUUGUAAAAUCUUGUCUAGAGUCACCUCUGGACGAGAUGAGCAGCUUAGAAGUUUAAUAAAUAAUGACCGCAAUUAUUAAGCAA